UCUCCUCAGGCUCGCUCCCCUCUCCCCUUGGCGCCACGCAGCAGCGCGCGCCCAGGGCAUGGCGCCUUCCCCUGGUCACGUGGCCAGCAGCCGCGCGCCGGCAGCCCGGCAAUAACCGUUAGACGCGAACCAGCCGCCAUUUUGUUUGAUCCCCGGACGAUGUGGCCGAGUCUCUGUGCCGCCGCCCUCGUGGUGCUGCUGCAAGCGGGCGGCAGCACCGGGAGCCUGGCCCCGAGGAGCUCCACGAGCACCUGUGGAGAGCGGGUACUGGUGGAUAUGAUAUCAGGACCUCGAAUCGUAGGUGGACAUGAUGCACAGCUCGGAGCAUGGCCGUGGCAAGUUAGUCUCCAAGUUUACCAAUAUGGUGUAGGAUUUAAACAUCUGUGCGGUGGAUCUUUGGUUAAUGAGUAUUCAGUACUGACAGCAGCACAUUGUGUUAGACGACAAAUGGACCCAUACUACUGGAGGGUUGUGAUUGGCCUUCAUGAUAUUUCCAGACCUGAGAGACAUACUGUGAAACAUAGUGUUAGAGAGAUUAUUGUCCAUUCAGAAUUCCGGAUAGAGACGUUUGAAAAUGAUAUUGCAUUAUUUAAACUAUAUAAAUCUGUAAGCUACAAUGACUAUAUUCAGCCCAUCUGCUUACCCUUUGUUCACAUUCAUCUAAACAUCAACAACCAAACAAAGUGCUUCAUAAGUGGUUGGGGUAGUAUUUCAGAGAAAGAUACUGCUGCCAUUCAUGCUCUCCUUGGCUUUAUUCCAAAUGCAUCCUCCUUUUAAUUACAAAAACCAUGAUGUAUUCUACUGCUUUUGUUUUAUCCAGAGAAAGAAAGAAUUUGAUGUAGCAUGAAAGUGUUAUUACCUGGAAUAACAAUAGCAUUAAAACCCUACCUAUGGGCCUCAGUUUAUUAGGAUUAGGAAUGAUUUUUUUUUUUUUUUUUUUGGUAAAAAGUCAAAAUGAAGAGAAGAGUAUUUUUCAGUGCAACUGAGCCCUCUUAAAGGAAUCAGCUGUUUAGCACAAAACUUGAUUGCUUAAAGUGCAGUUCUGCUAACAUUGUGAAAUUCUGUGUUCAGUGUUUUCAUAUACAAUUUUCAGUUUACAAGUAAAAAGUUUUUUCUACUCAGCAGCAGCUCAAACUGACAAAAAAGUCUGAAAGUCAAGCUGGGUUCAAAUUUCCAUGUACAUAACCUGUAAAUCAUUCUGCAAGUCAAAUUCAGUUAUACUCCCACUGAAGGCAACCUAGGGCUGAAGAAGUGUAACUGAGGGCAUAGUUUGGCCUGUAGUCUUUAGUCCAGGGAUAACGGAAUAGAGGGAAGAACUAAACUUGACUUUUAGACUCUUGUUUCAGUUCCCAGACAUUAGCACUUAGAAAAAAUGUUAUACUUAGCAACAAUAAAUUAGAUAUAGAAAGAUUGAGACUAUGUAGGGCUCCAAAUGAGUAGCGGGGCUGUCCGAUCUGCACGGAAUUCUCUUCUCUCCUGUCUAAACGCCAGUGAGCACAGACUCAGUAUGUACAGGUAGUAACUUUCAUAGUAGAGCUGUCUCCCUAAGGGAAGAUACAAGGGCAUCUGGGGUCAGAUGAGGCUGUGGGACACAACAUGGCCCCUGCACUUUGAAAGUGUUUAGCUCUAAGUACUAGUAUCUCACAUGUUUCUUCAGAAUCAGAAAGGCAGAUGUGUCAAAUAACACCUCCACCCUGAUCCUGCAAUGACUUAUGUAUGUUGUCACAACCAUGGUAAAAAUCCCCCUGCUGGACACACCAGGCUACUGUCUUUGGAUUCCAGGCCCAUAUGCUUUUAAGCUUCCUGAAACUGAUCAGAAUCCAGGCCCUACCUCUUCAGGCCUACACAUAGGAUAUAAAUCCUCCGUUUCACAUCGCUUCUGAGCUGAAUGCCCGGUCUAACUGCAUCUCCUCCAGGACUAGUGUCAUCUCCCCCAGACUCCCCAGUAGCUUACCACACACUUUUCCAGAGUUCCACCUUGUAGGAAAUGCUGGCUUACAGUUUACCUCUUCAGGGACAUGAUAGUGGAAGCAAAUAGACCCAUUAGAUAGCACAAGACAAGAACUAUAUAGAUCCAGACUAAACAAUAGAACACCUGUACACCAUUCCCUGCCUCAUGUUAGUUCAUUCUGAGUCUCUGUUUUUUCUAAAACCCAUCGCUAAAACCUUUUCUUUUAAUUCUGCUUUUGGGGAAAUUCCACUCCUUCAGACCCCAGACCGCUGCAGAGAAGUUAGAGAAAACUGGUUCUCCUAGCUUCAGCCAGCCCAUUGGCCCAUUUGAAUGGGCAACCAUCGCGAUUUAAAGACUCUCCUCCAUCUUAAAACCAAAUAGUAUUCAUAAACUCUGCAUAGACAGAUUCCCCAAAUUGUCACAUGUUCUUAAUUUUCAGCAGGAGUAGUCUCACUGAACUGAAAAAUAUGUGCACAAAAAUGCUACAGUUAUAGUAGCAAAAUGUUCCAUCUUCUCUAUGUUCCGUUACAGGUGAAGGCUCACCUAUAUUACAAGAAGCUCAAGUAGACAUUGUUCCUUCUGAUAUUUGUAAUGGUUUUGAAUGGUAUGAAGGAAUGGUUAAUAAUAAUAUGUUUUGUGCUGGCUUUGAAUCUGGAGGUAUCGAUAGCUGUCAGCGUUAUGUAACCAGCUCUCCAUAUGGAAUACACAGCAUGCAGCUUUGUACAAUGACAGUACCUCUCCACAGAACAGAUUACGAUUCACUUCAUGCCAUAACUGAUACAAUGGACCUGGAAGACUUUACUAUAAAACUUAACAAUCAAAGGACCAUAUAAGUAAUAAGAUGUACCACAUAAGGUAGAAGCUGAAGAAUGGUCUUAUUUACUGCUUCAGUGAAGAAGGUGCAUUUCACUUGAUUUGAUUCAUGCUAGUUUUACCAUCGGUAUUCAAGUCAAAGGGCAUUAACUUGCAAAGGACUUUAAGGUUUGGGCCUUACCGUGUAGAUAUUGGGCCCAUUAAUAUGAAAGACAAGUAGUUUAUUUUCUGUGAUUAAAGAUGACAAUGUAUUCACAAGUAUUCUGUCUACCAUUCUCUCUCUCUUCUUCGGCAAUCUUCCUUUGAACAGGUGAUUUGGGAAUUGAUAGGCAGAUUAUGAGCCAUUACUAUUUAUACAGUGGAACUCAGCACUUAUUUGCAUAUAUGCAUAAUUUAGAUAGAUAACUGAAUUUAAAUAGUUAUUAAUUUGUAGAUAUGUAGCUUUAGAGUGAUCUGAAUGCUAGACUGUAGACCUGCGGAGGAGAUAAAUGUUUAAGAACUUUAGUAAUAGAGACUAUAAGAAACCUACUGUAGGUAUGAUAGUCUGACCUGUGUAACAGACCCAGGCCAGUGGGGUGCAGGAGUCUGGUAGAGGGCAAAUAUACUGGUCACUGGGUGAGUAGUUUUCUGUUCCCUGAGUGACCAGAGCAGGGGAUGCACUAGAGUAAUCAGGAACUUGCUAGAACCAGUUAAGGCAGACAGGCUGAUUAGAACACCUGCAGCCAAUCAAGGCAGGCUAAUCAGGGCACCUGGGUUUUAAAAGAAGCUCUCUCCAGUCAAAUGGGGAGGAGCCAGAGGAGAGGAAGUGUGUGAGAGGAGCUGACUGUAUGCUGCUGGAGGACUAUGGAGUACAAGCGUUAUCAGACAGCAGGAGGAAGGUCCUGUGGUGAGGAUAAAGAAGGUGUUUGGAGGAGGCCUUGGGGAAGUAGCCCAGGGAGGUGUAGCUGUCACAUGAGGCACUAUAGACAGCUGCAAAUCCAUAGGGCCCUGGGCUGGAACCUGGAGUAGAGGGUGGGCCCUGGUUCCCCCCCAACUCCUAAUCAGACACAGGCGGAGUUGAUCCAGACUGUGGGGGAGAUCACUGAGGUGAGCAAAUCUGCCAAUAAGCUCAGGAC